UGCGCGGCCUGGCUGAGCAUUACCCGUGGGUGGGAGAGCUCUGGGAUUACAGACAGCCGAUGCCUGCUUUACUGGAGUCAUCCUCCCUGCUGUCACCAUCAUGGAUUUCAAUGUGAAGAAGCUGGCCUCAGAUGCCGGGGUGUUCUUCACCAGGGCUGUGCAGUUCACUGAGGAGAAGCUUGGUCAGGCGGAAAAGACCGAGUUAGAUGCCCAUUUUGAAAAUCUCAUGUCCAGAGCUGACAUCACCAAGAACUGGACCGAGAAGAUACAGAGACAGACGGAGGUCCUCCUGCAGCCCAAUCCUAGUGCCAGAGUUGAAGAGUUUUUGUACGAAAAGCUAGACCGGAAGGUUCCCUGUAGAGUGAGCAAUGGUGAGCUGCUUGGCCAGCACAUGAAUGAUGCAGCAAAUGAUUUUGGACCAAGCUCACCAUAUGGACAAACUCUCAUCAAAGUUGGAGAAACGCAGAAGAAACUAGGAACUGCAGAACGAGACUUCAUCCACUCUUCAACUGUCAACUUCUUGACCCCACUGCGCAAUUUCCUGGAAGGAGAUUGGAGAACGAUUUCUAAGGAAAGGAGGAUUCUCCAGAACCUCCGCUUGGAUCUGGAUGCCUGCAAAACACGCGUGAAGAAAGCCAAAACAGCCGAAGCAAAAGCCGCGGCUUUGCCUGAUUUUCAGGAGACCCGACCUCGUAAUUACGUACUGUCGGCCAGUGCGUCAGCGCUUUGGAGUGACGAGGUGGACAAGGCAGAACAUGAAUUGCGAGUGGCACAGACAGAGUUUGAUCGUCAGGCGGAAGUGACCAGGCUGCUCCUGGAAGGAAUCAGCAGCACACAUGUGAAUCACCUCCGCUGUCUGCACGAAUUUGUCGAGGCCCAAGCUACGUACUUUGCUCAGUGCUACCAGUAUAUGGUGGAUCUGCAAAACCAGCUGGGCAGUUCCAGAAAUGAUGUAUUUCCUGGCCCAUUUGUGGUUAAUGCAGAUGCUACAUCUCCCCCCUUCAGUGCCCCACCACCUGCUACACUUUCUGUGCUCCAAGUGGUCAGCCCUAACCCCACCGAAGGAGCCCUCAACCCUGAUGAAGUGAUGCCCCCUUCAAGUGGAACCAGGAAGGCUCGUGUUUUGUAUGAUUACGAAGCAGCAGACAGUAGCGAGCUGGCUCUUGCUGCAGAUGAGUUCAUCACUGUGUACAGUCUCCCUGGUAUGGACCCAGAUUGGCUAGUGGGCGAGCGAGGAAACAAGAAAGGGAAGGUACCAGUUACUUACCUGGAGCUUCUCAGCUAGGCUUAUGCCUGAAAGCAUAGAUUGUUCUUCAAAAAAAGCCAACAGUCCUGGAAGGUUGAUCCAUUGCUCAGAGGCUGCUUCACAUGUUCCAUAGACUAAAGUUCUGCAAUUCACUCGUUUGUCCUUGAUUUUUUUUUUUUUUUAACCUCCCCCCCUGUUAGCACUGGGCUAUACCUUUAGAUUCAUAGAAGGGCUUUUUAUGCUGUUCUAGAAUUUAAAUUGUUGAAGGCCUCCACCAAUCAAUGUCUUAUUUGACAUAU